AUGGCUUCAAAAAAACAGCCCUCGGUGGUGGCUGUCCUGAACAAAGGCCUAGAUCCAACGGAAAAGUGGUCGCUCUACGAUUCUGUGUUUUGGAAACACGAACUGCCGACACUAGGGGUGGAAGUGGCAAACAGCGCAAUGAAGCACGAAUUUGACUGUCGUCCACAGCUUCUGCUGGUCGACAUGCGGGGUACCUGCCAGAAGCUGGUGAAUGUGGUGACUUUUCAACUGAAAACGGCUAGGUGGGAGCCGGACGAAGUUCUACAGCUCUUAGACGAGAAGCCGAUCAUUUGCUUCGAUUGCGCCGAAGGCCAAUGUGACCUGGAUGCGGCCCUGGCCGCCAAAGUCCGAUCGUGUUUGGGCAAGGACUGGCUGUCAUCGGUUCGCAACUGGUUUCGCCCACCUAAGUGUCCAUACUUGUAUGGCGCUUAA